AUGCUGCAGAGGAGCGACUCCCACGAAAACCUAGUCGCCCCGAGCCCCAUUGUCCCAACCUGUCGACCGAGUUCCCAGAUCCCCAGGAGCGGAUACACCGCCGCCGCCAUGUCGGCGACUCCCCAACCCCAACCCCAACCCCAUACUCACGACGAGAUGCGGUCGUCCGAAUCGAUCGACAUGCGAAGUGACAGCGUCACCGACUUUGUAAAAUUUAUCGAAGCUCCAAUCCCACCCAACGGAUCUACUGGAGCGCGCGACAUGAUCAAAGCGGGUCAACGACGCCUGCGACAACUCGCCCAGCGGCCGAAAAAGACCACCGACCCAAGAGUCAAAGCUGAGGAGGCGGCUCGCCAAUUGGCUGCCCUUCAAGAAGGAGGGUUCCUGCCGUCAGCUGUACAUCCUCCUGUCAGUCUCCCGCGGCGGUCCGGCCAUAAGAAAAGCCUGGACUCGAGCAGAUCUUCGUCGCGGUCAAUUUCCAAUCUCAGUUUCAAGUCCACUUCCAGGAGGGAUGUAGAAAUCAUCGGACAGCCAUGGCUGACGGACCCACUCGAGAAAAAAGAUAGCAAGCAACUUUCUUCGGUGGAUCUACGGCAGUUGACGUCUUUGGUCGAGUCCGCGGUGUCACUUCCUCCACAGCUCGAUGACACCAGUCCCCCACCCUAUCAGCCACCGACCCCAGCAAAGGAUCCCCGUCGUGAUAUGCGGCAUUUGACCCAGCCUGCAGCUCCCCAAGACACUGUCGCCGAUAUAACCCCCGGGCCAGAUGAACGCCAUUUAGCCGAAGAGAAAAGCAUAUCCAGCGCCGACUCCCAGGACCAGACUGAACUCAGUGAACGGAAAGAGCCUUCUGUGUUAUCUUCCUCUGAGAAUAGUUCAAGUGAAGGCAAAAUGCCAGGCCAGAAGAACCGGCUCAAUCCUAGGCCAAAUGCGAGCACGAAAACAACAGAACUCCCAAUAAGCACCGAAGCAGCCAAACCCCUAUCCUCCACCUCGUCAGCAAGCAUGCAGACUUCCACAAGUCAGCCCGCACCGUCCCUGAAGCUUUUCCCUGAUACAAUGCCUCCGCGCAUGUCGAGUAAAAACGCCUGGCGCAUCUCCAAUGUUCGGCCGCUGGCUCUCAAUAGGCCUCUCCCUGCUGCUCCGGACUCAAAGCGGGCUAGCAUUGAGCUCAAUGCUGAGCGUCCCAAACCAGCAGAUAAACCGCUCCCCAAAGAACAUAGUGUCGCUCGAAAGGCACCCGAAUCGAGACAUUCCACCCCCAUGGAUACUCGAAAGUCAGGCAACGAUCCCAUGAAGGGCCCAGUGAGCGAGGUAUUUCCGCCCAAGAAGAGUUCCCGCCGCCCUUCCUCCCUCCCGAUGGGUACAAUUGACGCGUUCCCUCUUCCGGCACCCAUGAGACCGUUGCCUUCAUUACCCGAGUCAACUCCCGCGAUUACAAUUUGUGAUCGAAGCGCAGCAGACAAGCCGGCGUCUCCGGAAAGACUGGUGUUGGAUGGGAAGAACCAUCCGGCUGCUCCUGUGCAAGCUGAACCAACCACAUCAGACAUAGCAAGUGAGCCGUUGGUUUCAUUCGUGAGGGCAGGUCAAAGUCGGGCGGAGAGGGUUCAUGCAUUGAAGAUGAGGGACUUGUCGGCGAGUCGUAUCUACCUGAAAGACCCGGAAAAACCUGAAGAGGGGGGUGAACAGGUUACCCAAUCGGAGAAAUACUCGCAGGAAACAGCUCCCGAUCGUGCGCAAACAAUACCCCCGAACCAUGAGCUGGAAAGCCCAACCGAUGGUCCCAGAAGGUAUCAGAGGAAGGUCGCUUCGGAACCGCCGUCCCCUCCUCCCCUCUCACCUCCUCCAUCCAAGCCAUCAAGGCAUCUCGCCACCCAGUCUAUCGGCAGGCGAUACUGCUCCACGCCUAUUUCCUCCCUCACGGAAUCAGUCAGAGAUAGCGAUUUGUUUAUACAGCCUCUUUCGGAAACCCCCUCCCAAGAACAGUGGAGCAGCAGCACUGGGAGCAGAGAUGCCACAGCCGAGAGAGCGAGCAAGGAGCCAGUCAAUAAAUCCGAGAUGCCCAUCCCAUCUUCAGACGACGAUUGUACCGGUGGAAGUACGCAUAACCGAACGCAACCAACUUCCGGCAAGCGUCGACGGGUAAAGCCUGAGCCUCUCACACUGGGUGAGCCUUCAUCGCGCAAGGGGCGCACAGGGAAGAAGGUUUCUGACUACGGAUUCCCAUUGACGCCCAUGGAUCCCCGGGCUCGUAUGUUCGAUGGGGCUUCACCGCAGUCAUACCGCUCCCACAGCACACAUAAUUCCCACGACUCUCGGAGCUCCAACCACCACCACCACCAAUAUUUGCACAUAAUACAGUCGCUCGAAGGGCGCGUUGCGCACCUUGAACGACACAACAAGGUCCUCCAGGCUGCUCUCCUCGCGGCUUUGGACGUGGGCAUGAAGGAGAAUCUCGAGAGCGUGCUGGGCGGGUCAGCUACUUCGCUAUCCACUUCAUCGAUCACCCCACCCACAGGACGGUCUUUCUCCUCUGCCACGAACGGCUCCAGCUUGGACGGCUCCGUCGCAGACGACCGCAAAUACGCGCGCUCCAGGCAGCAGCAGCCUCCUUUCCGGCCCACCAGCUGGAUCGCCAGCCCCGAAUCCAGCCGCCGGGGCAGCUACGACUCGGACGACAGUGCCCAUGUCCGGGAGCUGGAGGACAUGAUCGAGGACUUCGACUUUGACUGGACGUCAGACAAGUCGGACCCUCAGCAACAACAACAAUCAAGACCCCGGGCGUUCCAAACCUAG